GAAAACUUGCUGAAAGAUCUCAUUUCCACAACUCCCUAGAUAGAGGAGGAGGAUGCUGCACCUACUCACUUCCCGGUUCAAGAUCGAUUUGUACUCUGCCUAGCCGUAUAUCGCCAUCUCCGGGGCACCUACAUUUUACGGUCCACAAAAGGAAAGUUCUUUGGGCGUCUAGUUUUCGAAACACUAAUGUCGAAGAGGAGGAUCAAAGAUUCCCCAUUUCUCAUAUCAUCGUGCCCUAGCUUUCGACCCAAAUAGAAGGAGUUCGAUGAGAGCUCAUGGCGGGUACCGGGGUCCUUCCCCAUGAGCAGUCUCUAUUUGUUGCCCGUUGAGCUGCUUCCUCUUCCUUUGGUUUUCAUUUUUAAUUACGUUGAAGGAAGAGUAAGCAGAAAGCGAGAGCUCAUCUCUCCCAAUUUUUUUUGUUCUGACAGUGUGGUCUUCAUACAAAUCCUGAUUUCUGGUUUUAGGCUCUUGGGGCUCCAAAAACUAAUGGUAGUCGACGCGUGUGUAUUCUUGUUAUUUUCUUGGUUCCAAGUUUGGUUAUCCUAGUAAUGCUAGUGGAUUUGUUGUCUCUGAUAUGAUAAAAUAACCAUUAGCAACCAGCGGGCUACGUGUUUCUUUUUAUGCACUUUCGGAUGUAUACUCGGACACCGUUUCGUUUCAGUUACAUAAUCGCGGUUGCCUCAUUUCAAGUCCAUUCUGUCCCUUCAAGACCUGCAGUAGCCACUGGGUCUCGUUCUGUUUUUGAUAGAGAUGUCUGGGGGAGGGGGUUUGCUUCUUUAUAGAUAUGAGUAAAGCAGAUUUGAAGUUUUGAAGUUAACUGUACAGAUUAUGUUGGAACCUCUUGGAUCUUCAGGUGUGACAUUGAUGUCUUGGAAUGGUAACCAUGGUUGGGAGUCAUGUAAUUAAUGAAAAAUGGAAAGUAUUGGAAGUAAUGGAGUUCUGUGGACAUUAUUGUAACUUAGGACUCUUGGAGUUAUGAAUUCCAAAAGCUCUGAGGUCAAGGAGAGGUUGAAAAGGAAACAUAAUGGAUUUAAAAGCAUUGAAUAAGGGAAUAUGUGAAGAUGACGUCUAGCUCAAUCUCUUAAGUUGGGAUUUGUCGAUACAAGUGCGCAAGAAGUCAGCUUGAAGUUUGAAAGAACCUGUAGUUUGAGGAAUGACGAAAAUAAUAAGUUUGCUAGUAUUUGAUAAGGGAAGGACGUUAAGAUACUAUUUUCAAUCAUAGGUCAAUUCAUCAAGUUGAUAGAAGUGGAUAAGGUAAAUUUAGAAUUUUUAGGAAAAUAAAUAGCCUGAAGUGGGAACUUUUUAGUCUUCGUUACAUAAAUGCUUUGAGGAAUUUAAAGGUAUUAGAAUUUUGAUCGGUGAGUUUUGGAGAAACGUAUAUUUGGUUCUGUAAUUUAGGGUAGGAAAGAAAGAGGCUAGACUGUUUGGAAUUUUAGCAAUAACGAGUGAGUUUGAUUGUAACUUGGAGUCGUGGACCAUUUAAAGUGCCGAAUGGUGGUUCUUCACAGAUGGUAUGAGGAAUUAAAAAAACAAACAAAUAAAAUAUUUUUAUGUAAUCUCUUAACUCGAGGCUAUAUCCAACUUUUCAAGGCGAGAGGUUUAAUUGGUGACUUUGUAAUCUGUAUCAACAGAGACGGUGUAGAAUUAAAUGAUUAGACAUUUUGGAGGGAAGUUCUCUAGUGAAGGAUUUGUUGAAGGUUUGCAAGAGAAUGCUUGCUCUUGUGAGGACGAAGGUUGAACAAUCUUGGUCCAUUUUUUUAAUUAGUCUUUAUGUCAAAUGGCCGUUAUUAUAAUGUUAUCAAGAGAUGAACACAACUCUCGCUAACUUAUGUUUUAUUACUUAAGGGAGAAGUUUCAGCCAGGAGAAGGAGACAUCCAGGUGCUAAGAGUCAUAAAUCAAAACAUGAACGAUUUAUGUUUUUGGUGACACAUUGUUACAGGCACGAGCCUUUUCUAAUCUUCAGCUAGGAUGUCUUUGAGCAUGUUUGAGAGUAAUUUGAAUCGAUUAAUAUCACUUUUGUCGUGUUUAAUAGAUUCCAACAUGCUUUAAAUCAUUAAAAAUCAAUUUUAAUUUUGAUUGUAUGAAAAUUUUGUUUAAAAAUGUAAACAUCAAAUAUUAAAUUGAUUUUAAAGGAUUAAAAUCACGUUUAGAAUGAUUGUACACGAUAAAAGUCAUUUGACCCUUUCAAAACAGCAACCAAAUAAUUUCUCACAUUUCUACUACUUUAUUGUGGAAGUUAUUUAUAAAACCUACUUUGCCACUGGAUUGCUUUCGCAGUUCAAUGCUUUCUACAAAAUGAUAUGAAGGAACCUAUGUUUCUCAAUAGGAAAACAGAAAAAGUUGACUAUAUAUCCUGGAGAAUAAUGAAUGGACCUUGUGCCCUUUGUUUAUGUGGAAAAGGGAAGCCCAGGGCUCGGAGUAUUAGUUACCGUUGGUGCCAACUUGUUUUGCUAUUGGUGGGCAAUGACAUUGAAACAGGUGAGUUUUGUUCUGUACAUUUAACCAUUUGGAACACGAAGUGUGAGUUUGUAAAACAACCAUGAGUACUAUGUCCUCCCAGCUAAUGCUAAUGAUGCUAUAGGUUUCAAUGGUUUAGAAGUGAUGAUGGAGAAAAUGAAAAUAUAAAGUGUGCGUGUGUGGAUAUAUAUAUUAUAUUGAUAAGAAACGAGGACUUUUCGCUCGAGAAUCAAAUAAAGUUUAUAUAAAUAAAACAUUAGCAAAUGAUCUAACGAUUGGGGGAAGCCAAUGUUUUUUGCAGAUUAGGUGGGGCAAGUAGACCAGUCGAGUGAGGAACUGUUACUAUACUGGGAUUCCUCAAAGAGGUCAUUUUUUUUUAAUUGGAGGGUGCCAAUUGAAUUCUAUAAUAUGGUAGAUUAAUAUGAAUAUUUAAGAUUCAGAUGAAACCAAAAGUUAAUAUAUUUUUAAUUUACAUCACAAUUACUUUAUUCUAUGAUUUCAAUUACAUCAUUGGAUAUGUAUUCAACUGAACCUUUUCAAGUUUACUUUGGUAGUGUUAUUAAAUGGACUGUAGGUGGGAUUUUCAUUCUCUUUCCUUCUCAUGGUUGUAGUUUACUGUCGAGCAUGUGUUUCUUUGUCCAUAUCUAUACAAUUAUUUAACGUUCUCUUUUCGAACUUAAAUAUUCUCAUGUCCAAUUAUAACCUUGUCAAAAAGGUCGUUUAACCUGGAGAAUGAUCAGUGGAUCUUCUGCCCUUCUCAUUUCUCAGACUCGGAUCUCGGACGAUGGAUCUGAAGAUGGUUAGUGCUAGAAAGGGUAAAUGAUGUCUUGAGAGAGAGCUGAGAGCCUUUUCACAUAGUCAUCAAUACCACGAUUUCUUAAGUAAUUAGAUUUUAGGUUUAAUUACAAGUUUAAAUUUUCUGCUUAUGGGUCUUUUGAUUUUAAAAAGUGUAAAAUAUAUCUCUAAACUUGUAAACUUUUGUCUUGUAGCUCAGUAGAUUUUAAACCUAUUAAAUAGAUUACCGAUAUAUUUAUCAUUUUUCAAAAGUUAAUAAAUAUAUUAGACACAUUGAAUUUUAUUUUUAAUAAAGCAUUAAACUUUCUAUCUUGUGUUGUUUAAAUUCUUAAAGAUGUUGAACAAGUAAAAACCCAACGAGACAUAAGAUUAAAAGUUGGGACUUAUUAGAUAAAACAUGGAAAAUGCAUCUUUAAAGAAAGAUAUAUGUUUUAGAAACUUGAAUGCUUUCUAACGAUAGGAUACCUAUUGGCUAUAUGAUACAAACUUAAAAAUUUAAAAAUUUUAGAUUUAUAGGGCCAUUUAAUACAAAUUUAAAUUAAAUCCUUGUAAUUCAAGGAACCGUUUUGUUUGGUGUGGAAUUAGAGAUGGAGAGUGUUUAGUUUCCUAUCCCCGUCCCCAAGCCAUUGCCUUCAUAGAAAAUGGUAGAAAAAGAGAAAUAUCUCAAGGUUGAAAUAGUUUAUAAAGAAAUAUAAAUGAAAAAAAGAAAAGAAAAGAAAAGAAAAGAAAAGAAGAAAAAGAAAAUAGUUGGAAGACUUGAGGCUUGUCAACCUAUGCUGGCUGGACUCUAGAUGCUUAGAAACUUCAAACUCACUUCUCCACCACAUUUCUGGAGGGCAAUUGUCUUUAUGUUCAAAUUCUCUUGAUUUUUCUAUAUGGACACACUCCUAAUUCCUAUGGUUUCAUUUCAAUUAAUCUCCCACGUCUCAUCACAAUUUUCUCUAUCAUUGUCAGUAUUUAAUUGGCAUCACAAAAAUUCAAAUUAUUGAAAAUUACUAUUUCUUUGACAAUGGAAGGUUUAGCAAUGGUCCCAGACUUCUAACAUCUUCCUGACAAUUGCCAUUUCCAAAUCUUAAUCUCACUAUUUAUUAGAGUUUCUUUCAUAGUUACGUACAUGGAAAACUAUUGUUUUCUUCUUAACCCGUGAUUUCUUUCUUUUCUUUCUUAUAAAUCUCCUCACAUGGCUAUGGGAUUUUCUUUACCUUGCCUUGUGAUAUUUUUUUUCUGUGUCUCUGUUCUUCGUGUUCAAGCUCCAUUUGUCUACCAUGGAUUCAAUAAUUCAGGUCUGGACCUUGAUCAAGGAGCUUUUAUAGAGCCUUCUGGCUUGUUAAGACUAACCGACAGCUCCCAGUACGUUAUCGGCCGUGCCUUCCAUCCUAUUGCCCAGCCGAUGUUCGACAUAAAUUCUGAAACAGUUUCAGAUGUUUCUUCUUUCAGCACAUCUUUUGUGUUUGCGAUUGUUCCUUCAAGCUCUGGUCCACCAGUUGGAUAUGGCCUCGCCUUUGUUAUGGCUCCAUCAACCCAAUUUCCAGGUGCAGCUAGUGAACAUUACUUGGGAUUAUUCAACUCCUCCAACAAUGGUGACCCUUCGAAUCAUAUCUUUGCAGUCGAAUUUGAUACUGUUAAUGGCCACGAUGACGAAAAAAAUUUUAAAGGCAACCAUGUUGGAAUCAACAAGAAUGGUGUGCGAUCAAGUGCGUCUGAAUCGGCUGAGUAUUCUGACUAUGGCUCUGAUGUGAAGACGGAGGUGUAUUUGGAUACUGGUGAUCUAAUCCAAGCUUGGAUCGAUUAUGAUGGGCGUAGUAAGUUAGUGAAUGUCACAAUAGCUCCCGCAAAUGUAAUCAGACCAACUGAGCCAUUGAUCUCAUAUUCCAUUAACUUGACUCCAGUUUUGAAUGAGAUGAUGUAUGUGGGCUUCUCUGCAUCAACUGGAAAAGAAACAAGCUUCCAUUACAUUUCAGGUUGGAGUUUUGCAAUCAACGAAUCAGCACCUCAGUUAAAUGUUCAUCAACUUCCUCCACCACUGAAAGUGCAAAGUCCUCUGCCUUCAUCGUCAACAUUCAAUCCUCUAGUCACUGUCGUUGUUCCAAUAUUAUCUGCCAUCACACUCAUGGGAAUUUUGUUCUUAGCCUCCAUUUUCAGAAGAAGGUUCCGAGGUGAGAACCUCGAAGAAUGGGAAAGAGAUUGUCCUCACAGAUUUGGUUAUAGAGAUCUGUACAAAGCAACAAAGGGAUUUAAAGACUCCGAGCUCAUCGGAUCAGGAGGCUUUGGCUCAGUAUACAGAGGUGUCUUACCUUCCACGGGAUGUGAAGUUGCUGUAAAGAGGAUAACAAGAAAUGCGAGUCAAGGAAUGAGGGAAUUCGCUGCAGAAAUUGAAAGUUUGGGCCGACUAAGACACAAGAACUUGGUAAAUCUCCAAGGAUGGUGCAAGAAACAGAACGAUCUUCUCUUGGUUUAUGACUAUAUUCCAAACGGAAGCUUGGAUUCUCUCCUUUACCAUCCAAAAGACAACUUUGUACUGAAUUGGGAACAAAGAAUCAACAUCCUCAAAGGAGUUGCUGGUGGAUUGUUAUACUUACACGAAGAAUGGGAACAAGUCGUGAUCCAUCGAGAUGUUAAGCCAAGUAAUAUAUUGAUAGAUAUUAGCAUGAAUGCUCGACUAAGCGACUUCGGUCUUGCAAGGUUAUACGACCAUGACCAAAUAUCACAUACAACCAGCGUCGUUGGCACAAUCGGGUACAUCUCACCCGAGUUGGCUCGCACCGGAAAAGCAUCGAAAACUACAGAUGUCUUUGCAUAUGGGGUACUGAUUCUUGAAGUGGCUUGUGGAAGAAGACCUCUAGAAUCAGAUAUAUUCAUAUUGGUAGAUUGGGUAAUGGAAUGCCAUGAAAAAGGUCGUAUUCUUGAUGCAGCUGAUCCAAAGUUGAAUGAAAUUUAUGACACGGUUGAGAUGGAAAUGGUUUUGAAACUUGGACUUCUUUGUUCCCAUUACAACCCUGAAGCUAGGCCAAGCAUGAGGCAAGUCACAAGGUUUCUUAAUGGAGAAGACCAAAUUCUUGCUUUUGAUCCUUCACCUUAUUCUCAAAUUACAUUUCAAUCUAGCUCCGGAUUCACUCAAUUUAUUCCACCUUCUUCCCGUACUUCAACCACUAGUUUUCUCUCUUCAACUUCCAUUGAUGUAGGCAGGUAAACAAAUUGCCUUUUGUAUCUACUUUUUCUCACUAAAUUGAUAAAAGCAAAAUAAGCUUUGUUCAACUAA